UGCUUGCUCUUGUGGCAGUGUACUCAAGAAACUAAAAAAAAGAAAAUCUAUUUCUCUUCUCUCUCUCUCACUCUUUCUCUAUAUAACAUUUCAUCUCCUUCAACUCUUUCUUUUGCAUUUUCUCAAACAAAUCACAUGCUGUGAAAAUUUCUUUCUGAUGCCGAUUCUUUCACACCUCACUAAGUAACGUUGGUGAGUGAGAGAGAAAGGAAGAGAGAAGAAAAAAUUAAUUCAAGAUCGGAAAGAGAUGUCGUCAUCAUCAAAUUCACCGUGUGCGGCGUGUAAGUUUCUCCGGCGAAAAUGCACUCAAGAGUGUGUUUUUGCACCGUAUUUUCCACCGGACAAUCCUCAAAGAUUUGCAUAUGUACACAAAGUUUUUGGAGCUAGUAACGUGGCAAAGCUGUUAAACGAGCUUAACGCGACGCAGCGUGAUGACGCGGUUAAGUCGUUGGCUUAUGAGGCCGAGGCGCGGCUGAGGGAUCCAGUUUAUGGUUGUGUUGGUCUUAUUUCACUUCUUCAGCAUAAGCUAAGAGCUAUUCAAGGUGAACUUAAUAAUGCUAAGAAGGAACUUGCUACUUAUAUUGGGCCUCAAGCGCUUCAAGGUAUUCCCACAACUAUUCUUCAGCAACAGCAGCAGCAUAAUAACCCUUUUGGUAAUUCUCUUUACCCUUAUAAUGGUGGUGUACCCACAGUAACCGCGGGUGCACAGAUGGUGAUUCGUGACCCGCAGCAGACGCCUGCUGCGGCUCAGCAUCAGAUCUUGGAAGCUCAACAAUUGGCUGCUGCUGUUGCUGCUAGAGAGCAACAGGAAAUUUUUAGGACUUUUGAGAAUCAACAACAGCAGCAACAGCAAGAGUUUUUAAGGUUUAGUGGUGGGUUUGAUGUGGAUUCAGUUUCUAAUUCUUCUGCUGGUGGUGGGUUCAACCAAGUGUCCCCAGUUUCUGCUGUUGGUGUUGCUGCUGAUCAAUUGUCUCCUUCUUUGGCUUUGGGAUCUUUUGAUAAUACUUAUCAUCACAUGCAACAAGCACAACAAGGACAAGGAGGAGAAUCUCAUAAUCUUCAUCAUCAUCAUAAUCAUCAUCAUCAUCUUCCACUUCAGGCUCAGCUAUUACUUCCACCACAACAGAAGCAAGCACAGCCACAAACUCAUCAACAACAGACGGAAAGCGAGGAGUGUAGGAGUGUUGGACUUGGUCCUUGUUGAUUUUCAAAUUUUGCACCUCUUGCCACUUCCUGCUUUUUCGUCAAACACUUUCCAGCCUAGUUCUUACCUGCCGGAUACUAAUGGAUAGACAAAAAGAAGAGAGAAGUAAAGCAUACUCACUCGUAACAAAAUAUAAGAAAACUCAAUCCAAAAAGUCAAGUAUUUUUUGUCUAAAUUUUGGACGUACAUCUGAUUUUGUUUUGGAUUUUUUUGCUUAUAUUUUGUUACGGACGGAGUAUAUGCGAGAUUCAUUUAUCCGUAUUGCUUUACUUGGUUUUGAAGGAGAUUUCAAAGACACAAUCGGAAAAGUAAGCUGAUUAUUGAUGAUUUUGGAGACUUUCUUUAUUGAAUCAAAAGCAGUAGCUACGUUUUAAUUGAUUCCUCUUUUUAGUUAAAAACUAAAAUGUAAAUCAGAAUUCAGAAACUGUUAAAAGGCUUUAAUUAGCAGCCCUUUUUCAUAUUUUUCUUUUAUGAAUAGCUCCAUCUCCUUUGUCAAA